CUGAUUGCUUUUAGAAGGAAAAGCUAUCCAUAACUGCUGGUCUAGGAUCUGUUUUCUUUGUAAUAAUAUCAUCCAGCGCGUAUCUGUUUGCGUGCUCUGUAGAGCGCCAAAUCAUUUAAUUUCCAACGCAUUGGUGAGCAAUGUAGCCAAUCACAGGCAUGUUUGCUGAUUUCUUGAACGCAACGGCCAAUCACAGGUGUUUAAGUUAGAAUCCACUCACCGCUCGAGUGCUGAGUUCUGCAUGCUUGAAAAUCUUCUCUAACAAAGUGUAGACUUUAUGUAAAUAAGAGAUUCAUUCUGAGGUUAUCUUCACUGAUUAAUAUAAUAGAACUUUGUGAGAUCGUGUUCAUUGAAUGAGUGACAGCUUUUUAGACAAUUGUUAUUUAUUAUUUGUUUUGGCUGCCAUGCCAAAUCACACAUACAGUAAUGCUUGCUUUCAUGUUAAAAUUGACAGUGGUUUGUGAACGUAGACGCUUUAAUAACAAAUCAUUUAUCUGGAGCGUUAAUUCUGGGACUUGAAACUAUUUAAUGGAAAUCUCUAUCCUGUAAUUUCAGAUACGUUGUUUGUGGGUCUUUUGACAACAGAAAGUGAUUCUCCACAUAGUUUCACUCUUGUGUCAUGAGUCCUUUUGAAAACUGGUUCUAUUAGUUUUGUGAAAAAGUUCUGGUAUAACAGGUUUAAGUUCCAAAGAAAACAAGCUGAUGUUUUAUUAGUUGUUGGCAGAGUGUCUGAGGAAACACUUCUGGAAAAGGGGGUGGGGAGCAGCAGCUAAUUUGCUAGGGUAUUGCUUAAUGGUUGCUAAGGUGUUGCUAGGGAAUUCUCAUUGCUAGCAUGUUUCAGAUAGAUACCAUGCGAAAGGAGUAUUAUAGGACCCCUUUAACAGAUGAGUUUGGAUGAGAGUCCUGAUCUGAUCACAGGUUCAUUUCAUUAUCUAAAUAUUGCUUAGGUCCACAUGGUAAGAGUGAAACUACUUCAGAUCUUUUUCUUUUUGUCCUGCAGCUGUGAAUCUGUGAAGGGCGAUGGCAUCUGUUAAAGAACUUCUUGAGAAAUCACUGAAUGAACUGAAAAAAGCUGAACUGAAGAAGUUUCAGUGGCACUUAAAAAAUGACCAUAAGCCUAUAUCAAAUUCUGACGUGGAGAAUGCAGAUAUCUUAGACACAGUGGAUAAGAUGGUAGCAUGUUUUGGACCAGAAGAAGCUGUGAAGAUAACGGUGGACAUCCUGAGGAAGACGAACCAAAAUAAUCUGGCUAAGCAGGUGGAGAACAAUCACAAGCAAGGUCAGGCUGAAGGCAAUAUAAAGACAUCUGCCACUGUUGGAGCUCAUUCAAAAGAGAUAUGGGGCUCAACUGCAGAUGACAAUCAAGCUACUCUCCAUGAUCACACAAAGACCAGCCUCAGUCUGAAGAAAAAAUUAAAACAGGACUACGAGCAGAUGUUGGUUGGUAAUUCACAGACGGGUCAUCGGGAAUACCUGAACGAUAUCUACACUGAUUUAUAUAUGGUGGAGAAUGAGACUGGAGGAAGAGUGAAUGACCAUGAGGUGAUACAGAUCGAAUCAAAUCUCAACCGAUCGACUGCCAAAGAGAGGCAAAUCAAGUGUAAUGACAUGUUUAAAGUGCAGUGCGACACAGGUCGACGAAACAGAAAAGUGCUGACAAUGGGGAUCGCAGGAGUGGGAAAAACUGUCUCUGUCAAUAAAUUCAUCUUUGACUGGGCUGAGGGAAGAGAAAAUCAGGAUAUAGUGUUCAUAUUUCCACUUCCAUUCCGUAGAUUGAAUUUGAUUAAAAAAAAGCACAGUCUCAUGGGACUGCUUAACAAAUACUUCUUUAGGUGUCCUGAAGAACUGCCCUCUCUUCCUGAAGGUGACGGUAAGGUCAUGUUCAUCUUUGAUGGGCUGGAUGAAUGUCGCUUUCCUUUGAGCUUUAAAGAAGAUGACAUAUUUACAAAUGUAAAUGAAAAAACAACAGUGAGCAAGAUAAUAAUAAACCUUAUCAAGACACAUCUGGUUCCCUCUGCUCUCAUCUGGAUUACAUCCAGACCAGCAGCAUCCAGUCUGAUACCCCGUGACUACAUUGAUCAAGUGACUGAGGUGCGAGGAUUUAAUGAUGAGCAGAAAGAGCAAUACUUCAAAAAUAACAGCACUACUGAGGUUUCUGAAAAAAUCAUCAGUCAUAUCAAAAAAUCUAGGAGUCUGUACAUCAUGUGCCACAUCCCUGUCUUCUGCUGGAUCUCUCUCACUGUUCUUCAGCCUCUACUGGCUCGAGAGAGCAAUGACAAAACUCCCACAACUCUCACAGGGAUGUACACAUGCUUCUUAAUUUCUCAGCAGCAACAGAUGGAAAAAAAAUACUGUGAUGACCCUGAACCUAAAGCCAAUUCAAGGUCUUUUGAUCAGAUUAUUCUGAAGCUUGGGAAACUGGCCUUUCAACAGCUGGAGAAAGGAAACCUGAUUUUCUACAAAAAAGAUCUUGAGAAAUGUGGACUAAAUGUCAGCGAAGGGUCUGUGUACUCUGGGUUAUGCACUCGAAUGUUUCAGGAGGAAAAGAUUUCAGCAAGAAACAUUUACAGCUUCGUACAUCUCAGUGUACAGGAAUUCCUUGCUGCUCUUUAUGUGUUUUUGAUGGGCGAAGAUAAGAAAGCUGACCUAUUUUUUCUAUCUUGGAGAGAAAAACUCACAUUGAAACUGUCCAAAAAGCCACUGUUUCAGCUUCAUAAGGCUGCAGUCAAGAAGGCUUUAGAAAGCGAGAAUGGACACCUGGACCUUUUCCUCCGGUUCCUUCUGGGUCUCUCACUGGAGUCCAGUCAGAGUGAGCUGAAGGAACUGCUACCAGAACUGGAACUCAAAACAGAGAGUGUUAAAAACACUGCUGACUAUAUCAAAAAGAAAAUAGAGAAGGAGAAAUCAGUAGAGAGGACCAUCAAUCUCUUCUACUGUCUGAGUGAACUGAAAGAUAAUUUUGUGGAAAAAAUCCAGAAGAAUCUGAGCUCAGGAAAUCUUUCAGCACAUAAUCUCUCCUCUGCUGAGUGGUCUGGUCUGGUAUUUGUGCUCUUGAUUUCAGAAGAGACUCAAGAAAAUUUUGAACUGCAGAAAUACAGAAGAUCUGAUGAAGCACUGAUGAAACUGCUGCUAGUGAUCAAAAAUACCAGAAGAGCACUGCUACAGUGCUGUAAUCUCACUGCUCAGUCCUGUGAACAUUUGUCUUCAGUUUUACAAUCCUCAAACUCUUUCCUGAGAGAGCUGGACCUGAGUAACAAUGACUUGCAGGAUUCUGGAGUGAAGCUUCUUUCUGAUGGACUAAAGAGUCCAAACUGUCAGCUGGAGAUAAUGAGAUUAUCUGGCUGUAUGGUUACAGAUGAAGGCUGUGGUUAUGUGUCUUCAGCACUGAGUUCAAACCCCUCACACCUGAAAGAGCUGGAUCUGAGCUACAAUCACCCAGGAGAUUCAGGAGUCAAGCUGCUCAAUGACAAACUGAAGGAUCCAAACUACAGAUUGGCUAAACUAAAUGUGGAUCAUGGAAGAGAGAUCAGGAUUACAGCAGGACUACACAAAUAUUCCCAUCGGCUCACUCUGGAUCUGAACACAGCACAUCAACACCUCCGUCUGUCUGAGAGGAACAGAGUGAUUACUUACACUGACACAGAGCAGCAUUAUCCUGAUCAUCCAGACAGAUUUGAUCAUCAUCUUCAGGUGUUGUGUAGAGAGAGUGUGUGUGGACGCUGUUACUGGGAGAUUGAGUGGAGUGGAAACAAUGGUGUGUAUAUAUCAGUGUCAUAUAAGAGCAUCAGCAGGAAGGGACGGGGUAAUGAGUGUGUGUUUGGAUAUAAUAAUCAGUCCUGGAGUUUGUACUGCACUCCCUCCAGUUACUCAUUCAGACACAAUAACAUAAAGACUGAACUCCCUGUAAAGCCCAUCAUCAGCAGUAGAAUAGGAGUGUAUGUGGAUCACAGUGCAGGAACUCUGUCCUUCUACAGCAACACAAUGACACUUAUCCACACAGUCCAGACCACAUUCACUCAACCACUCUAUCCUGGGUUUAGGGUUUAUUAUACUGGAUCAUCAGUGAAACUGUGUUAAUGAAUCAGAACAGACUGUAGAGAGAUUCUACCCAUAAUGCUUUGAGCUCAUGAUGAAUCAGUGACUGUCGAACGCUUGCUUGACUAGAUGAUCCAUGAUAAGGGGCUCAACGCAGAAAGACGAUGAACACUUAUAUUUAAUAAACACCAGCAGGAAACAUUAACACAAGAUGAUGUACAUGACUGAGGGUUUAAAUACACUAGAUAACAAGAGACUGAUGGUGAUAAGUUGUCAUGGUUACAAACAAGGGUUGCUAUGGGAAUUAAUGAGAGCAAUGGAAACACAGGACCCAGGAACUGAAAACCAGAAACAACAAGGAAAAAUGAAUUCAAAAUAAGAGUCCAUGAAGAUAGAGACAUACAGGUAAUCAUGACACUGACAGUGAGAUGUUAUAGAGUCUCUUCAUUACAUUAAUACUACAGCUGAACUUCUGAUCGAGCGCUAGAGUAGUACUGGUUGAGUAAACGAUGAGCACUCUUGAAUAUUAUAUAAUAUACACUGCUAAAUAAAAAGAAGUCAGAGAAGGUUAGAGAUUGAGUGACGGAAACAAGGUGAAGAGCAAGAGAAACCCAGAACAACAGUCAAGGAAACUAACAGAUGACGUUGCGAACGUCCAGUUAGGUUUGCAUUUGGUCCGGUUUAUAAUGUUAGCUGGAAUUUUCCUUAAGAAUUAUGUUUUUUAUUCCUUAAAUAAACAUCCCUUAAAUUAACUAUGAUAAAGGAUUUUAUGGCUUU